CUCAACGUCUUGACCUUCAGAACCUCCAAACUGCGAAUCACAGGCGACAUAUACAUCAACGGGCGACCAGUGGACAUGCGGACAAUUGCUGGAGUGUCGGCCUAUGUUCAGCAGGAGGAUCUGUUCACUGGAGUGUUCACCGUCAGAGAACAGCUGAACUUCAAUGCGCAAUUGAGGAUCGGGAAAGAAGUCUCUCAAAAGGAAAGACUGCAACGAGUGGAAGAAGUCAUCAAAGAGCUCGGCCUGGGGAAAUGUGCCAACACCAAGAUCGGAAUUCCAGGACGUAUUAAGGGCAUCUCAGGCGGGGAGAAAAAGAGGCUGGCCUUUGCGUGCGAGAUGAUCACCAACCCCCUGCUCCUCCUGGCGACGCAGCCCCACCUCCGGCCUGGACUCCUUCAUGGCCCAGAGCGUCGUGAACGCCAUGAAGCGGCUCACAGGCCUCGGCAAGACGGUCAUCGCCACCAUCCACCAGCCCAGCUCGGAGGUCUUCGCCAUGUUCGACCGGCUCCUCAUCCUGGCCGAGGGGCGCGUGGCCUUCCUCGGCGCCGUCAGGGAGGCGCACAAGUUCUUCACCAGGUUAGAGCGCCCGUGCCCGUCCAACUACAGCCCCGGAGACCACUUCAUCUACUCCCUGGCCAUCCGCGCGGGCGAGGAGGAGCAGUGCAGGCAGUUCGUGCACCAUGUGUGUGACUCGUACAGAGACAACGAGGCGCUGGACGUCCAGCGGCAGAUCGAGCGGGCGUGCAGCCUCCCUCUCAGGGCGACGCUCUCGCCCACGUCAAGCUGCCCAAGAGCCCCUACCGCGCCCUCGUGGGGAACCAGUUCCUGGCCAUGUUCAGGCGCACCGGCCUCGAGCUCGUGCGGGAUCCCCUCGUGUCCAUCAUCAGGCUCGUUCAGGG